AUGACUCGUUUUUGGGUUUUGGUGGAAUGGUUGGACCCUUCCCCCGCCACGGUCGAUGUGUUGUGCAUCAACCCAGAGAGGCAAGAUGGCGAAUUAAAAAUUGCUCCGAAUCAGUUCAUCGUAGUAAAGUCAAAUCGUGGAACGGAAACUCGUAUGGCGCAAGUCGUGGAAAUUUCGGACAACAGAGAACGCCUUCUUAAUCGAAAAAGGCGGAUAGAUGCGAACCAGGACCAAGUCCACUGUCUAGACAGCAGCCCUGACCAAAGAAGUCAGAGUCCAAUACAAGAAGUGUUCAUAUAUGAGGAAGACAACGAACCUGAAGUAGAGAACCAAGAAGAUGACAAUGUAUAUGGUCCAAACUCAAGACCUUCGACAUCGGGACUUGCUCGUGGAGCACAAUCAAAUGUUGGAAGCGGUAUAUUGAAUGUACCUCAGAUAGUCGUAGAAGACUGCUCAAACGACGGGUCCCAAGAGACCCAGCAAAGUAAUAUACAUAUAAGGCCGAUCAUGCGCGCCGAACGUCGUGCUGGGACAAAUGGACGUAAUUCAUUCAACACUCCUCAAAGACAUCAGAAUGAACUCGAUAGCAGUAGAGCUGGUCCAUCCACUAUGCCGAUCCGUCCGUAUCCCAUAUAUGCUAGACCAUCGAAUGGAAUGCUAUUAAACGUUCCUCAGGGACAGCAGCCUUCUCUUCAUAGAAGGGAGCGUGGUCAUCCCAGUGAGCACAUGCGUACGCGUUCGGCACACAGGGAGCGCAGAAGGCGACCACGCCUGAAUAGAAGUCUACAGAAUAUUUAUCAUAUACAACAAGUGUAUGGUGAUAUGACUUCCAGUGAGGACGAUGAGGAACAAGCCAAUAGCUACAGAAAUUUACUGAACAUCCCAACGGAACAACUGUUCAGAGCCGAGGAAUUUGAUGUACCGAACGUGGGACGUAAUAGGCGUAGCAGGCACAAUAUUUUUAAUCCCCAUCGUCCACCACAUGGAGAACGUCAAGAACGUCCAAAUCAAUUUACUUCUUUAACGAACGUAUCUCAACCUGAACAAAUAUUAGCGGCUGGAGUCAGUGAUGACACAGAUAACGAGAACGGAAUAAACGGUAGACCUGCUCAACAAAAUGGAUCAACAAUAUCUCAAACACAUCAAGUGUUAAUUCACUCUUCUCACACAAUACGUAUGGAUGAGAAUGAAGUUAAUGUUGAGAAUCAGAUUGGGGCUAGUGGAAGUAGUCAAUUCAAUGUAUCAUCAGAUCAAUUUCAUCGCGAACGCAGUAGUGAACGAUCUAGAGACGGCAGCAAUCUACCGAAUACCAGUCAAAGACAGCAGAAUGUUCCUCGCAGCAGUGCAGAUCAAAUUCAUACUCCUAACCAGGGAAGCUCAAGAGAACAAGUACAUUCCCAUGGCAGUACACUUAAUAUUUCUGGAGGACAAGAGGAAUACACAGAUGGGACCUCAAGUGACAGUGAGCUCGAAUAUUACGGUAGAGGUUGGAGAUCUUACCGGCGACGUCGACCCGAUAUUCGUAGAGAACAACUGAAUCACUAUAGGAGUCUUCAAAACAUUUCCUUAAGACCAGAAACGUUCAUAGAUGCAGCUGCUAAUAAUAUAUAUGAACAAGAACUUCUUGAUAAUUGCCGAAGGGAGCACUUCGAACGACGAAGAACAAGUAGACUAUGUCGAACAUGUGGUCAAUUUCUACCAGGUUACAGCAAUCGAAAUCUCGUAGAUCAGGGUAGACAAGAAUAUUAUGACGCAGAUGGCGAAGACAUACAAAAUGAGUUUGAUAACAACGGACUCAGAAGGAAUCGAAAUUACCUCAACACAUCAUGUCCAAAUAUUGGUGAAUACCGAAACCUACACUAUCGGCCGCACAUUUCACCAUUUCAAUCUCGGAUGCAUCAAUUGUAUGCUGAAUGGUCUGUAAGAGAUUUGCAGAAUUCUGGUAAUAGCAGUACGACGGAAUUAUUCCGACAAUCUAAUUUAAUCCCAUCAGAACGAUCCAAUGAAACAAACCAAACCAGUGUAUCUAAUGCAAUACCAUUGAGUCAAAUAAAUGCAGUCCCAUUAGUUCAAUCCAAUGCAACAAUUACGUCAAAUCAAUCUAUUGCGGUACCAUUGAGUCAAUUCAAUACAAUCCCUCCAAAUCAAUCCAAUAUAACAAUGCAGUCAAGUCAAUCUAAUAUAAUUCCACCAAGUCAAUCUACCGUACCAAGUAGUCAAAUUAAUCGUGAACGCAGAGAACAAUCAAAUGGCCGAAGCAGUCUGCCAAAUACCCUUCAACGACAGCAGAGCCGUGAACGAGAUCAAACAAAUAGAACUAUCCGAACACAUUCUGCACAUAGAGAACACAGAAGACAUCAACGGCGCAACAGGAGUUUACAAAAUAACUCUCGAAGACAACGGGCAAUGGUUGAAGCGGUCCGUACCGAAGAAAUUCACAAUGGAAGAUAUAAUAUAUCAAACCGACCGGGGCGAGUACACCACGAGCGCCGAGGACGUCCGAGUGGUCGUAGCAAUAUACAUAACACAUUUCAAGGACAGCCGAAUAGUGCUCAGAGUCGUAGACUAGUGUCCAAUCGAUCGAGAUCAGCUCACGGUGAACGCCGGAGGCAAACACACCGAAGCAGCCGUCUACACAAUAGUAACCAAGCACAACAAACACAGGUCCAUAAUUCCCCCAGUAGAAGAGAUAACAAUGAGGACCAGCCCCAUGGCAGCGAACAAUGUCAACUCGAUAUGCCUGAACUGGGUUCAGGAUAUGGCAGUGGUCAGGAACCAACAAAUGAAAAUAUUACAAUCGAGACGCAAAGUCGAUCAGCAUAUAGCAGUGGAAUGCAGAAUUCUGACAAUAAUGAACAAAAUCAACGAAAUACAAACAACCAAUCGCGUAUAUUAAGAGAAGACUAUCAAUCACCAGGAGAUAACAGACUCGAUAUAUCCCAAGCAAAUGAAGUCUCUGAAGAUUAUGAUGUAAUUAAUAAUCAGAAUCAGGUAUAUAGAAGUGAAUAUCGUCAAUCCAGCGAUUUAAUACCAUCUGAUGUAAUACAAUGUGAUGCCCAACAACCCUCAAAUCAUCGUAGCAGUCAACAAAUAACCCAAGAACAGCAGAAUUAUUUUGCUAGUAUUGGGCUAGAGCAACUCAAUAUGUUUAAAAAUGCAAACUCAGUACACGAAAAACUCAGAAUAGAACCACAUGGAUAUCGUAAUUUAGAGAGUACUUCUCAUAAGCAGCCGUGUGAUGAUGAGGGCUCUUCUAGUGGAAAAAACGCCACACAGCUUGAAAAAACCAAAAGUCAAAUCAAUGUAUCCUAUAUACAAUGCUACGAGCACGGCAAACAGACUGAAAAUUAUGAAAAUAAUUACAUGGAUUAUACGAUUACCCAGGAUCAAUUAAUUGGUGAAGGACAUAGUCAAUUGGAUGUAUCCAAUCAUCAGCAAACUAUACAAAGCAAAUCUCAAGACGAGGGUGGUCAUAACAACCUAAGUGUUGUUGUUCAAAAUCAACCAAAUAAUGAAGAAGAUGUCUUUAUAAGAGAAGAUCAGGUCCAAGCAAGUGGUAACAGACACAGUCAAGAUAAUCAAAUUUGCAUUGAACGAAAUCAAUUAGAUACAUAUAAUCAACCCCCAGUUAUAAAUAAUACACAACGUGAAGGAAAUCAAUAUGGCCACAACAGUCAAUUGAUGGUUCUACAGAGUCAAGCAGUAAGCCAAGAUGAGGACUGCGUAAUAAUUAAAGAUCAGACGCAACCAGUAAAUGUGGACGAGGAUUUCCAGGCGUUUGAAGAGUGGGCAUAUAGAGAGCACCAGCAAAAUAGAAGUAAUCAAUCCAAUAUUUCUAUCCAAUUAGACCCAAAGCUAGGUGUUAACCAACUACUUGACGGUAAUAGUAAUGCAAUGGACGAUUCUUCUAAACAACCAAGUUAUGUAAUAGAAAAUAGUAGUGAUAUGGAAGAUGAGAACCAAACCAAUAGCAAUGAAAGAGAGCAUUUCAAUAUAUCUGAACCGAUAGAGGGUCAACGUGUAGAACAAUUAAUCGACGACGGACAGCAGCUGCUCAACAACAAUGAAUCUGGGCUACCUGAUAUAUUUAAGUCAAUUUUUACGUUACAAAGACUUUUCGAACGUAUUCAACAAGGUUUCUCAGAACAAGGCACGGUAGACCAGAACACAUCUCGUACACCAGUGCAUGAAGCCGAAGGCAGCGAUGACACAGACGAUCAAAAUUGGCUAAAUAGUGGAAGCUGUGUACAACCAAAUCAAGAAAACAUCCUGCAGGCUAGAAAUGAUAUCGCAAUGCCGUCAACUAGUCGAUGUGCUAGAGCUGAAAUGGUAACUGCAACUAGAUCGAUGGACCAAAUGAAUUCUCUAAUGCCUGUGAAACGAGUAAAACCUGCGCACGUUCGAAGAGCGUCUGCGCAAUCAUCAGUAACAGACGAUACGAUGGUUAUUGGCAGUGGAAAUGCCCGUAUACCAGAUCAUUUGCUGAGAGGCAUUAACUGGAGAUCUUUUUCGACUGCAACGCGGCAGCUGUUAGUAGCCGUAUUUUCACGCAGAAUAUUAGCCACACAUUCGUUGUCUGGAAAACCAUCGCGUGCUUUUACUGAUAAGCCGACAAAAAAGCGCUUGAAUCCGAAAUUGGUGGAUGAAAUUGUCAAGACAGUUUCUGAGAGGUGUGGUGUGACUAGCAGUAGAGUUCGGAAAAUUAUCAGCCUGAAGUGUGGUGAGGAAACUAGGCUUUUUCGAAAGCAACAAGAAAUGAUGAGAGCUCAUCAAGGUCAUCGAAAUGACCGGUCCUCUGACACAGACGUCUCUUCGGGAGACGGUCCAGGCGCCAUCGGCUGA